ACCAUAUAUGGGACACAAUGAAGACGAGUAUGCGUGCGAUUCAUUCAUAAACUACAUAAGCAUUCAGCGACACCCAAUUGACCAGAACGCACGAUCAUUUCGGGAUACCCAAAUUAUUUUGAAGCUCAGUAAGAGCCUCACCGUGCUGUCGUUCACUUCACGUGAAACAAACCAAUUCAAGAACGGCAUUAUGCAACGUUGUGCAAUCAUAUUGCUCUUAGUAGCUUGCAGCCUCACUCGGGCGGCAAAUAUUUUGUACAUAGAUGGAGUGGCAUCGCCGAGUCAUUUCAUUUGGCACAAAGCAUUGAUACAUGCAUUGGCAGCGAAGGGACACAAUGUCACGGCUCUGAGCGUCGAUGUUGAAGAUAAACCAGUUCAAAACGUGACAUACAUUAAAUUGGAAGGUGUUUAUGAAAGUUUGCUCUCCGAAGAGGAAGGAUCUUUGGAAAUGGACUUUUUUGAAAUUGGUGAUAUGAACACAUUAUCCGUAUUGUACAUGUUCAACGAAUAUACAGUACUUGGUUGCAAAUUUACGUUGAACACAAAAGGUUUGAAGCAAUUGCUAGAUUAUCCACGAGAUUUCAAGUUUGAUUUGAUCAUCUCCGAUUAUCUGAACGGACCAUGCGUGUCUUCUGUUGCGCAACACAGAUUUGGAAGACCUCCACUGAUUGGGGCAACUGCCUUUCACGGACUCACCACAACAACCCCAAUGACCGGUGCAUAUUCUUAUUCCGCUUCUGUACCUAAUCAUGAGUUCAACCAUCCCCAGGCAAUGAGCUAUUGUAAGCGGUUCGAAAACUUCGUAUACAAUCAUUUUGAGGAGCUUUCGAAAGUUUAUUACAUGCUUCCGCAAGUUGAUAAAAUAGUGCGCAAAGAGUUUCCAGAUAUUCCGUACGUUGGAGAUUUGGAGAAGGAAACCCGAAUUGUUCUUCUGAAUUCAAAUCCAGUUAUUCAGUAUUCAGAACCAACGAUGCCGAACGUUAUCUCCGUAGGCGGAAUGCAAAUUGUCAAAUCGAAGGAACUCCCUGACGAUCUAAAAAAAGUUGUUGAAAAUGCUAAAAAUGGAGCUAUUCUGUUUUCGCUCGGCACCAACCUCCGUAGCGAUAUGCUGGGGGACGAGAGGUUAAUCGAGAUUUUAAACGCCAUGGGUCACUUCCCAGAGUAUCAAUUUCUAUGGAAAUUUGAAUCGGAUAAAAUGCCUAUUGAAGUGCCAAAGAACGUGUACAUUAGAAAAUGGAUGCCCCAGAAUGAUUUACUGGCCCAUCCGAAUGUCAAAUUGUUCAUCACCCACAGCGGUCUGCUAAGUACGCAGGAAGCGGUUUGGAAUGGCGUUCCAAUUAUUGGAUUUCCAGUGUUUGCCGACCAACAUCAAAAUAUCAAUUACUGUGUUCAGCAAGGCGUAGGGAAAAGACUAUCUCUGAAGAAUGUGAAAAGCAAAGAGCUUGUCGAUGCUAUCAAGGAGGUGAUGGCAGAUGGACGUUAUCGUCAAAAUAUGUCUGAGCUUUCGAGGCUCUUCCGCGAUCAAAAGGAAACACCCCUCGAGCGCGCUGUCUGGUGGGUGGAGUGGGUUCUGCGAAAUCCUACCACCCAAAUUCUACAGUCAAAUGCAAUUCGGUUAUCAUGGUUUGCGAAAUAUUCAUUCGAUGUGAUUGUACCCAUAUUGUUGGUAGUUUUCGUGGUGUUAUCAAUUUCAGCUAAGGUUGUGUGUAAAGUACUGCACUCGAAGAAAAGGCAAACUAAAGUUAAAGGUGAAUAAGUUUCGAGACAAUUAUUUGCAUAAUAAAACGAAAAAAAAAAAUAAUC